GAACGCGGUCUCGAACUUCUUACGGUGGCCGACAUGACGGCCCCGGGCCCGAGCCCCCUCGCUCCGCUGUUGGAGACUUUGGAAGACGCCUCGGCCGCCCACGGGGAGCAAACUGACGCUUACCUGACUCUGGCCAGUCGUAUGACUGGAGAAGAAGGGAAAGAAGUUACUACAGAAGUGGAGAAAAAACUUCCUCAAUUAUACAAAGUUUUUAAGAUUCACAUUGCCAGUCAAAAUCCAGAACUAAGUAGUGCUGCUCUACAGGCUUUGGGAUUUUGCUUAUAUAAUCCCAGAAUUUCCUCAGGAUUAUCAGAAACAAACAUUCAAGAACUACUUUCAGAACUGAAUAAUAUUGUUAAGAUUUCAGAUAAAAAUGUACGGACUAGGGCACUUUGGGUGAUAUCCAAGCAGACGUUUCCUUCUGACAUGGUUGGCAAAGCAGUGUCCCAUAUAAUUGAAACAUUAGAAAUAGUGUUUAAUAAAGGAGAGAUGCAUUCUGCUAUUGUUGAUUAUGAAGCAUUGAAUGUCAUCAUAAGGCUAAUUGAACAGGCCCCAGUUCAAAUGGCAGAAGAAUCAGUGAGGUGGGCAAAACUGGUCAUACCUUUAGUGGUUCAUUCGGCACAAAAGGUACAUCUGCGGGGUGCAACUGCUCUAGAGAUGGGAAUGCCACUACUACUUCAGAAACAGCAGGAAAUAGCAUCUAUUACUGAGCAGCUUAUGACUACUAAAUUAAUAUCAGAACUCCAAAAGCUGUUUAUGAGUAAAAAUGAGACUUAUGUAUUGAAAUUAUGGCCUUUGUUUGUCAGACUUCUUGGAAAGACCUUACAUAGAAGUGGGAGUUUCAUCAAUUCUUUGCUACAGCUGGAAGAGCUGGGUUUUCGUAGUGGAACACCCAUGAUAAAGAAAAUAGCCUUUAUUGCAUGGAAGAGUUUAAUAGAUAAUUUUGCUUUAAAUCCAGAUAUACUUUGCAGUGCAAAAAGACUCAAGUUACUAAUGCAGCCUUUGAGUUCCAUCCACGUGAGAACAGAAUCUCUAGCAUUAACAAAACUAGAAGUGUGGUGGUAUUUACUGAUGAGACUUGGACCUCAUCUUCCUGCUAAUUUUGAACAGGUUUGUGUGCCCCUGAUUCAAAGUACAAUAAGCACGGAUUCUAAUGCUUCACCUCAAGGGAGUUCAUCUCGCUUAACCACUCCAACUCUAAGUCCUAUGACUUCUAUACAUAAAGGUGCCUCCCCAUAUGGAGCUCCUGGAACUCCUCGGAUGAACUUGAGUCCCAAUUUAGGUGGAAUGGCUACAAUCCCCUCCAUUCAACUUCUGGGACUUGAAAUGCUGCUUCAUUUUUUGUUGGGUCCCGAAGUCUUGAGUUUUGCUAAGCAAAACAAACUUGCACUGAGUUUAGAGCCACUUCAACAUCCGUUAAUCAGCAGUCCUUCUUUUUUUUGCAAGCAUGCAAGCACACUUAUCACUGCUGUAUGUGAUAGCUUUGUUGCAGUUGGAAAAGAUGCUUCUGAUUCCGUUAUCAAUGCUGUUUGGAAGGAACUAAUUAGCUUGGUGAAAUCAGUUACUGAAUCAGGUAACAAAAAAGAGAGACCCGGUUCUGAAGUUUUGACCCUCUUACUAAAGUCCUUGGAAAAUAUCGUGAAGUCAGAAGCAUUCCCUGUAUCGAAAACACUGGUCCUCAUGGAAAUUACAAUUAAAGGACUUCCUCAGAAAGUUCUGGGUUCACCAGCAUAUCAGGUUGCUAAUAUGGAUAUUCUUAAUGGAACUCCUGCUUUGUUCUUAAUUCAACUAAUUUUCAACAGUAAUCUCUUGGAAUGUGGUAUAACAAAUGAAAAGUUCUUUGUCAAUCUGGAAACGCUUGUAGGUUGUGCUCUUUCCGGUCCAACUUCACCAUUAGCUUUCAGUGACUCUGUUUUAAAUGUUAUUAAUCAAAAUGCAAAGCAUUUGGACAACAAAGAGCAUCUCUGGAGAAUGUGGGAUGUUAUUGUUAGCCCUUUAACUGAAUCGAUUAAUCAGACCAAUGAAGUAAAUCAAGGUGAUGCCUUAGAACAUAAUUUUAGUGCCAUCUACAGUGCAUUAAUUUUGCCAAUAAACCAUAUCUUUUCCGCACAAAAGUUUCCAAUGGCUACCAUGAAGAGUUUACUUAGAACAUGGGCCAACUUAUAUCAAACAUUUGCCCGCUGUGCAGCUUUGGUAGCAACUGCAGAAGAGAAUUUGUGCUGUGAGGAACUUUCUUCCAAGAUGCUGUCCAGUUUGGAUGAUGAAGAACUUCUGAACUUGUUGUUUUUGGAUAGACUCGUUUAUGUUAUGACUGUAAUGGUCGAUUGCAUCGACUUUACACCUUAUAACAUUAAAUAUCAACCUAAAGUAAAAUUACCUCAGACAUCUUCAGAUUGGUCCAAAAAGAAGAAAGAACCCCUAGGGAAGUUGGCUUCUCUGUUCAAACUUACCGUGAAAGUAAUUUGUUCUUUCCACACUCUGAGCUUCAAGGAAGUACAUUCUGAUACCCUCCUUGCUGUUGGCAACUCAAUCAUUGGUCUUCUUUCCAAUGUACUUGGGCAUAUUUCUUUGCCCUCUAUGAUCUGGAAAAUAUUUUCAACUUUGACGAAACCGCUGGUAUUAUUAUAUGAAUAUUCAAAGUUUGAUGAAGUCCCUAAAGUGUAUAGUUGUUUGAACAACAAGUUCGAAAAGUUACUUGGAGAAAUUAUUGCUUUUCUACAGUCCAACUACACUGGAACUUAUGACAGUGAAUUUCUUGAACAGCUCGCCCCAUUAUUGUGCAUAGUAUUUCUGCACAAGAGCAAACAGAUUCAAAAACAGAGUGCUCAUUUCUGGAAUUCCACAUUUGCUAAAGGGCCGAUGUUGAUUUAUCCUGAAGAGUUAAAAUCAGUACUAAGGCAAGCUAAACAGAAAUUUUUGCUUCUGUUGCCUGGUUUGGAAAAUGUUGAAACUAUGGAGGAAUCCAGUGAACCAUAUUCAGAUGCAUCAGAAAAUUCACAGAUAAGUGUGAAGAUAAGUGGCAUGGAAAUAAAAUCAAAUGGAAAAAGAGAAUCCCUUUUGGCACAGAAAAAGGAUGCUAAAGAAAAUGUGAAACCACCGGUCAAAUUGAAAAUGGAAUCUUCAUCUACAAAAUUGAAAAAUGAAAUUCUGUUGGAAGAAGAAAAGUCUAUUGACUUUGUCUUCAUACCUCCACAAGGAAAAGAAGCAAAGGAAAGAAUACUAACAGAGCAUCAAAAAGAGGUGCUAAAAACAAAGAGGGUUGAUAUUCCUGCCAUGUAUAAUACUUUAGAUGUUUCGCAAGAUACCCUGUUUUCUCAGUAUAGUCAGGAAGAGUCCAUGGAAAUUCCUACUAUAACAGAAAAACCAAAGGAUGAUUUUACGGUGAAGAUGAAGGAGGAGGAGCAAAUGGAAGGUGGUAUCCUUCCUCAAAAUGUCACAGAAAAAACUGAUGUGGAUGAGCAUCUUGAAAGGGCUUCCCUUUCAAAUAAAGAAGGUGGUUCUGUUAAAGAAACUAACCACGAAAUAUUAAGCAAUAAUAAUGAUUCCAGGAAAAAAUCUCUUCCAUUGAAGAAAACUUCAACUGAGCGUGCCUCUCAUGCAGAGAAUACAUUUGGUGACAGCAGCAACAGCAGCUCAGUUUCUAAUGCUACAAUUUCUGGAACUCCUCCGCAGCCAACAAGCCGAAGGCAAACCUUUAUUACCUUGGAAAAGUUUGAUGGUUCAGAAAAUAGGCCUUUUAGCCCAUCUCCCUUAAGCAAUAUGUCAUCGACCAUUUCAAUGAAAAGAAAACAGGAAAGCCCAGCUAAAGCAGAUCCUCCACCUAAAACAAAGAAAAGAGAAGUGUCUGUUUCAAAAUCUGAUUCGGAAAAAACAGUGAAUGGAAUGAAGAGGUCAGGUCGAAGAGCGAGCAAAGCUGAACAAACAGGAAAUAGAAGAUCUAAACCUGUACUGAGAUCUGAAGUGGAGAGAAGCACGCAGGAAUCUAUUGAUAGCAUGGUAGCCUUAGAAAGUAACUCACCUGGUUUGCUCAGUCAAACAGACUGUGCAUCUGAUCAUCAGGCUGGUCUUUCAGAAUCCACAAUGGAAUAUGAAGAUGCUAAGCCUAAACCAACAGUGGAAAAUGAUGUAGUAUUGGAAAGCAGUGCAGAUGAGAAAAAUUUAGGAAUUAAUUUGGAGUCGAAAGAAAACACACCUCCAGCAACAAGAUCAGGGGAGCCGACAGUAAAGGAGGAUAGUCAGGUUCCAAUAGCUCCUCAGAAAACCCUUAGGCGAUCUUUAAGACGACGGUCAGAAAUAGUAGAAUUUACCCCUGAUAGCCAAGACAAGGAAAAUAGCCAGCAAAAAAAGGAAAAACAUAAGGAAGAAGAAAAGGUUCUUCAGAAGAGUCCACUACAUGCAAAAGAGGACGCAUUUCCAAAGCCUCAGUUGAUAUCAGAACAGUCAGUUCAAGAAAAUUUAAUUGAAAAAGAUGAUUUGCAUGAGAAGAGCUUGGGGGAAACUAGCACUACCACUGAAAUGGACCAAAAUGGGAAAAAACCAAACCCUGAGAAUAUUAAGUCAGAGGGACAUGGUGCCCAGGAUGUUGACAAGUCUACUGAGAAAUUGAGGAGAGGACGAACACGGUCCCAAACAAGAAGAGCAUCUCAAGGCUUACUUUCCAGUAUUGAAAACUCGGAGUCUGAAAGUGCUGAGGCAAAAGAAGAAGGUUCUAAAAAGAAGAGGGCUGGGAAGUGGAAAAACCCAAGCAACGACAGUGUUGGCCUUGAAGAUCAAGAAGGAAAAGUGGCAAAACAGGAAUGCAUAAAAGUUGAUAAUCAGACACACAAUAAAAUAAGUUCUGAAAUAGACACAUCUAAGACUUGUGAUAAAAAAGAUGAGAAUAGUACUUUAAUUCAGGAUUCUACAAUAUCUCCAGAUUCAUUGGUAGAUAGUGUGCCAAAUGCAAAUGAGGGGAAAAGUAAAACCAACAAAUGUGCAGAGACUUCCUGUACAAGUCCACCUAUCCCAGAGUCAAGUAUAAGGACAAGAAAUGCCAAUAAAAGAUUGCAUAGGCGAGAUUCUUUAGAAAAUAACAGUGUAGGAGAAUCCUCAAAAACAGGGCCAUUAGACAGUUCACUGCUUGCUGAGAAAACUUUCCAAACUCUUGAAUGCCAGCACAAGAGAAGCAGAAGGGUGAGGCGAUCAAAGAGUUGUGAUUGCUGUGGUGAAAAAUCACAACCACAGGAAAAAACAUCUAUUGGGUUAAAGAGCGCAGGAGAUUCUGAUGUAAAGACUAUUGAAACAAACCAGACAGACUUACAAACACCUGUAAUUGAAUCAGAAAUUUCUGAAGAGAACCUGUAUUCAGAAGUAAAACUUAGAGGUGAGCAGCAUAGUGUGGAUUCUCAUUUGGGUCUCAAGAGAGAGAUUACGACUACUACCGAUUUAUUAAUUGUAUCGGAAACGAAUUCAAAAGAAAAUAUUAUUCAGGAAACUCUUUCUUAUGAAACAGUUAAUUUUAAAGGAACAUGCGACGUGGAUUCCAGUGAAGCAUUAUCUUUUGAAAGUCAAGAGCCACAUAAUAAAAAUUUUGAAUCAGUUGGUUUGUAUUUAGAAGAUUCUAAAGAUGCUUCCACGGAAAGUUCUUUGGAUAUUAAAGAUGAAAAAACAGAAGAGAGCCUAAAAAAGGAACCAACUCCAGAAAAUAUAGUUGAAAAUGUUGAAGUUAAUACAUCUGAAGUAAAAGAAUCAAAUCCAGAGGAAGCAGAAGUUAGGGAGAUGGAUCUAGAACCCAACAAAUCUGAAGCUAGCGUCUCUGACAAGGAGCAGGCCAAAACCGAUACAUCUGCAGAAGAAGCAACCGAAGAAAAGAAUGAAAGAAGUGAUGAAUCUGAAGCCGAAAAUCUGAACACUAAAGACAUAGCAGCUGAUGAAGUCAAUUCAGACAUUGGCCAUUUGGGUACUGUUACAUUGAUACAAGAGAGUGUACAAGCUGACCUUUCUGAAUUUGCAGCAGUCGGAGAAUCUGAUGGAGGACAUGAUGAAUCCGAUCCAAGCUCCUUUGAAGAAGUGACUGUUAAAACUGAAAAUUGUGAAGAAACUAUAAUUGAUGACUUGAAUGUUGAAACUAAUGUCAAGGAAUUAGCGUCUGGAGCUCUGACUACUAAAAUGUCUGAAACAGAAGAAGUUGUAGAAGAGGUAUUAAAUACAGAAACUGACAGCUGUGUUCCCGACAUACUUGAAAUGGACACUGAAGAAGGAAGGAUGGACUCGAAUAGCACCGAAAGAAAUACGGAACUUAAUAAAUCUGAAGAAACAAAGUUAGAUGACAAUCAGAUGAUAGUAAAAAAUGAAAUUUUAAUGGAAGCUCAGAAUAUUUCAGAGAAAGUAGAACCACCACAGUUGCUAACGCCUGAAACAGCCAUCUCUGAGCUGAUGACAGAAGAUAAUGUAUCUCCUCAGAAAUUAAGGGAACUCGACCCUUGCUUGAUGCCAACAAAUGGCAGUCCUACUGGCAUGCAGGCACGCUGUGUCUGGUCUCCUUUAGCUUCUCCAUCCACCAGCAUUUUAAAGAGAGGGCAAAAAAGGCCCCUAGAAGACGAGAUCCCAUCACCUGUUAAUAAGGUUCGCCGUGUCUCCUUUGCAGAUCCCAUAUACCAAGCAGGAUUGGCAGAUGACAUUGAUAGGCGCUGCUCUGUUGUUAGGUCCCAUUCUUCAAAUAGUUCUCCUAUAGUAAAAAGUGUUAAAACUUCACCUAUUGCACAAUCUAAGCAUAAUACCACUUCAGCCAAAGGAAUUCUAUCCCCAGGAUCACGUAGCCCUAAAUUUAAGAGCUCAAAGAAGUGUUUAAUUGUAGAAAUGGCUAAAGAAUCAAUCCCAUGCCCAACAGAAAGUAUUUACCCUGCUUUGAUGAACUGUGUGGCACCAGUUGAUAUCAUUUUACCUCAGAUUACAUCAAACAUGUGGGCAAGAGGCCUGGGACAACUCAUUAGAGCCAAGAAUAUAAAAACAAUUGGUGAUUUGAGUACUCUUACAGCAUCUGAAAUAAAAACUCUUCCUAUCCGUUCUCCUAAAGUGUCCAAUGUAAAAAAGGCUCUCAGAAUAUAUCAUGAGCAGCAGGUAAAGUCUCGUGGGCUUGAAGAGAUUCCAGUUUUUGAUAUUUCAGAUAAAACAUUAAAUGGAAUAGAAAAUAAGUCCCCCUCUGCUGAUGAAGAAAAACUUGCCUCAGAUUUGAUUGAUCCUGUUCCUUUAGAAUCCCCACUAUCUAAAAAUCUCAUGGCACAGAUCAGUGCACUUGCCCUUCAGCUAAAUGCAGAAGAUCUCCAUAAAUAUUCGGGAAGCCAACUAUUUGAAAUGCACGAGAAACUUGGUGGCAUGGCAAACUCAAUCAUUAAAAAUUUACAGUCACGUUGGAGGUCACCAGUCCAUGAAGAUUCUUAGUAUUUUAAGGAGAAACUGGAAGUUACAAUAACAUCGCUAUUUUGUGGAUUGAAUAAACAAGUUAUAAACUAUAGCACAAUUUCAGAAGGAAGAAACCGUGUUUGCAAGGUUGGUUGCUUGCGUUUCAAACCCUGAGGGUAAUGACCUCUGAGUUUGUUCAUGUAAGAUCACGGUGUUCCCCUGUAAAAUGUUUUCUAAGCUGCUAUGCAUAGUUUUUGAAAGAAUUUAAAUGUUUUACUGAGAUAUGAAAGCAAAAAUCAGGAACAGAAGUAUACAUCUAUUUCAGAUUUUCAAAAACUCGUACAUAUCCUGGAGAAACAUUUAUUAUAAAAUACUCUAAAGUUUAAAUUUUUUUAUUUGAAUUAUUGCUGAGUUGUUGAAAGGUGUUCAUACUUCAUUUUCCUAUUCAUAUUCUGUCUGAAGUUUUAAGAAAAUUUUUCUUGGUAAAACACCUCAAAAGAGAUAAGAGUUGUGAUGUUUUUGCAAGUGUUAAGAUUUCUACGAUCUUCAAGAAACGUGCCAAAAGUCUUAACUUUUGGGAUUAAAAUAUUAAUGCAGAAUUUACUAAGAUUUCAUUUGUUUGCGUUAGCAAAUAUUUGUGCAGCAUCAUUUGCUUGUGAAAAUUUACCCUUAGACACAUAGGAUUCAUUUUUAAAUGACUGUUUGUACAUUAUGUAUAGAUCACAGUGUUUUAAUUUAUAAAUUUCAGCUUUUGUUAAUUGCACGAGUUUUUCUGCAGCUUUUUGUGAAUGUCUUGAUUUUGUUUAAUAGAAACACUUUGUAUAUACAAUACCAUGUUAACGGUAUGGACAGGAUAGGUGCUCCAUGGGCCUGCUACAAGUGUUUAAAGGAUUCUAUCUUCAACUAAAGCAAAUAGUUUGUUUCUUAGUUAAAACAUCAAUUUAUUAUCUGGAGUAACCAGAAUGAGUGAAAUUACAAAAAUAAGUUGACUGUAAAAACCCCUACUUUUUUUGAUCACUACUAUUGUUUGAAGAGGGUUAUCAGUCACUAGAACGAGUGCCUCUUUACAUUUCCUAAUGGCAAGAUGAUUAUUUUCAAUUGCUACUUGGACUAUAAAAGGACUAUAAAAAGUCUAAUGUUUGUCUAUACUUUUCACCUAUAAAGCAAUUUCUUGGAAGAAAUUUGAAGCUGUUCUUUUUUCUGUUUCACUUUGAAAAGUAGAGGGUGUAUAUAGUAAUGAAAACAUUUGUAAAUUUUACCAACUAGUAUUACUGCCCAACUUCUCAUCUCUAGGUUUUGCCUUUUUAACAGAAUAUUUCUCAUUUGUUCUCUAUUGAGUAAAUGUUCUGUUUUAUAGUCGAUUUGAACCUGUCCCCUUUUUGAAAAGCACACAUUCUUUAGAAGUUAUAGCAAGUUAUAUUAUUUGGUUGAAUUACAGUACCACUGACGCCAUAGUUACAGAUAAUCCUUGUGUGUAGAUAGUAUUCUUAUAUUCAGAAGGGACCUUUACCCAUCCACUAUCAAAAAUUCUUGUCUUUUUCAGUCAUAAAUUUUUGGCUCUGAGUACGCUGUUCAUAAAACGAGAGAAGAUGGCUUUAAUAAAUAGAACUGAACCAAAUAUUGCUUGAAGAAAUGACUAAUGAGAAAUUAUAAUUAUGAGUUACAGCACUUACAACUGAUUUCCCAAGUUACAUUUCAGUGUAAAGAAACAGGCGGGUUCUAGUGAACAGCAAGCAGUAAGAAGGGUUUAUAGAUCGGUGUGCUCAAGGAGAUAGGUUCAAAAUAACAAGGUCACAGCAAACUCGGCUGGAUUUGGGACUGGUGUGUCUUAAUAUUUGUGUGAACUAACAUUGCCUGUGGGGUGAAGUUUGGGGGGAGCUGAGCCAAUUAGCAGAAAUGGGAACAAAUGACUCUAAUCACUGAGUUUGAUAUAUGCACAGAUAACAAUUUAAAAGCGUGAUUCGGCAUGGGUGUAUUUUUUAAUAUUUGGGAGAAAGGACCAGCUUGCCAAAUUUCCAUUGUUGCUAUUGUCUUAAGAUUGUAUUUGAGAUACUUAAAUUCGUACCUUAUGUGUUUUCUGCACAUUUCCCCCUGGUUGCUUCCUGAAUAGAAAGAAGAAAGUCUUCGUGUUAUUAUCAGCUUCAGUGUUGUGGUGGUGGUAACUCCAUUAAGAUAUAUUUUUUUAAUGUUUCUAACAAAUCUGGCAAAUUUGUACAUGAGGACACUCAAAACUGACUUAGAUUUUUUUCCAAAAAUCUAGGAGCAUGCAUGGUACAGUAUAAUUUUUCAUUUCUAUGAAAUGUGUUUUGGAUUUCAAAGUGCAUUCAAAUUUUCAGUGUUUCUGUUGGCUACAUUACUAAAGGUAUUCUGCAAUUUGAGCAUCGCUGAGAGCCAUUAUUGAAGUAUACAAAUCAUUGAGUUCAGAUAAUACAGAAGGAAUCAGAUUAUGUAAUAAUGCCCUAAGAUAACACACUCAAAUUGGAUUUAAACCUGAGCUUCAUGGUCAUGGCAGUUCCUAAAUUUGCCUAUGAAUUGGUUCAGCCUAGAGAUAAGCUUAGAAGUAAGGGCUUUGUUGCAUAAUUAAGAACCAUAAAACUGGGAUCAAUACUAUGCCUAGAAUGAAAUUAAUGGGUGAAAAUGGUAGGGUGUCCAGAAUACAAAAGGAUUUCAGCAGUUCAAGGACAAAUUAUAUUUUAAUCUAAUUUUCCCACAAACAUUUUAAAGCCCCCUUGUACACAAGGGAAAUAUAUUUGGAGUGUGUUUUUUCUUUUAAGGUAAAAGGCUGAGAAUAAGUGAAAAUGCUGGUUAAGAACUAGCUUAGUUCAAACUUUAGCUAAAGUACAAAUUAAUUAAAUGGGUUAUAUAUCUCUUUUAAAGUUGUUUCUUUCCACUUUAACAUUGCCAAUCAGUGAGGAGGGGCAGAAGUUCACUGCAUAUUCUCCAGAAAAGGUUUUUAGAGAGGUAAAUAAAUGUAUUAGCCAGUCUGGGAGUCCAUAAAACAACAUGUUGAAAUUCGGCUAAGACAUGACUGUCUUUACUCCCAUAUACAUUUCCCUCUAAGAUUUUAGAGUAAAUAUUAGACAAGUUUUGACAAGUGUUUCUCACACUUGGAAAUGUUUGAUAAAAUGCAGCUUCUGAUUCAGUAAAUUCUGGUUGAGAUAGGACCUGCAUUUCUAAUAAGUCUCUAGGUGGCGUGGUUACUGAUAUUUGAAGUCUAGCUGUGUACCCACAAGACUUCAAGCUGUAAAUUAGAUUCAAAUUCUUAUGAUUAAAGGUAGUAUAUUUCUAACUAGUAUAUGAAUUGGGAAUGCAGACUGAUUUUAAAGUGUUUGGAUUAAAGUUCAGAAUUCUUAAAACUAUUAUCAAAUCUGGCCCCUUUGGGAAUACUUUAAUAUCUCACAGGUAUCAGAUCUAUUUACUCUAAUGUGGUUUAAUGUGGUUAACUUUUUCUUGGCAUUCUCUUGAGGUUAUUGUCGUUUAUAUUUCUUACAUAUUUAUUUACACCUUGUUUUUUUAAGAAGUGCCCACAUCCAAAACGGAGUUAAGAAAAGAGGCUAUUUAACGGGCAAAUCAGCACAUACUGCUUUUACCUGUAUGUUAAAAUUGGACAUGUAUUUCUGGUGAAUUAAUACAUUAUGUAACAGGUUUGUACAAGGGGGCUUCAAAAAUUAAUGAAAAAUGUGAUUAAAAGGCCAUUAGCAUUUUUCCAUGAACUAUUUGAAGCUUCCUUAUAUAAUUUUUUUUAAACUUCAGUUAUUUGGGUUUGCUGGCCUAAAGAUAAUUGAUGCUGGUUUAACAGAGUUUUUUCGGUUCUUGGAGUAGAAUAUUAAAAUUUUCAAUGUGGUCUUUCCCGGCCAUUUUUUCCCUUAAUAUACCCAUAGUACCAAGCUUUUUGCUCUCAAAAGAUAUUUUAAAACCAAACAUUAACCAUUAAAAUAAAAAAUAAUCUUCUACCUGCAGCUGUAAAUCUGACGUCUGUAUUUUCCAUGGUUGAUGUUAGAAUCAAGAAGGGUCUAUAGAAGCUUAUUAGACAGUGUAUUUAUAUGUUGAUAGUGAUUGUGGUGGAUUGAGAAGUGAUGCAUUGAAGGGGAAAGACAUUGAGCCAAAAUAUUAAUAAAGCAUUUAGGCGAAUAAUACAGUUUAUACAAGGUGACCUCAGAAAGUUGUGGGAAAUUACCUUAUUUUUCAGUAACUGGCAACCAGUGGUCUUUGAGAGCUGUGCUAUACAUAACAACCAUAAUUGAUGCUCAUAAAUACCAUCAGUAAUUAUUACAAGUGUAACUACUCAAAAAUAGAUGCCCUGACCCUAAAAGCAAUAUAUUAAUAGUUUCCAACAAUAGGUAACUUGUAGUUAACUGACCAAAUUAUAGUGUCAUGGAACUGAAAAUAUAAGGUAAUUACUAUUUUGAUACAUAGUACUAUAAUAAGUACAGAAUAUUUUUAUACAUCAAGGAAUUUGUAAAGGAAUAUAGAAUUGAGUCGAAUCACUUUUGAGUACAGAAACUAAAGGAUAUGGUCUUGCCCCGUAAGUUUUAUAGAGCAGGAAUGGCAGCCUGCCACUUGUUUCACAUGGCCCAGGAGCCUAAAGUGGCUUUCACAAUUUUUAAAUGGUUGAAAAAGGACUAUUUUGUGGCACAUAGAAAUAUGAAAUUAAAAUCUGUAUCCUUGAAAUUUCAGUUUUAUCGAAAAAGCAUGCUCAUCAUUUUAUGUUUUCAUUCAUGCUCAGUAGUUGUGAGACUGCAUGACCUGCCAAUUCUAAAGUAUUAUCUGGCCUUUUACAGGAAAAGUCCGCCAGACCCUGUUAAUACAGAAUAGCUUUAUUCACCUGUGGCAAACAGUCCAUCGAUUUGUUAUUUACUUCUGGCUGGUACAGUGGGGUUUUUGAUAACAUUCCUUAAUUGUAUUACCACUGUUUAGGUUUAUAAAAUGUUUCCCCAGAUUCUAUUCCUGUCUGUUAACAUUCAAGUAGACCUAUAUUAGGAUAUUUGUAUUCUUAAAGUAUAUACUCUCCUUCCCCCCCACCCCCUUAUUUAACUCUCAAAUAACAGUUAUAUAUUUGCUAUGACUAUUAAGGGACCUUAAUGGUCAGGAGGAAAGGCAUCUUGUGCUACAGAGACACCAAGAAUGUCUUCUGAACAUUAAAUUACGCCUGUGAAAUAAAUGGGAGUAUCAAGUGUUUAAAGCUCUGUGUUGGUAAGUUAACUCAACCUAUCUUAACACUACCUCCUGUGGAUAGACUUGACAAAUAUGCACUUAGAAAAAGACUGAUAGGAGCCAAAUCAGUCGUUUAUUAACCCUAUUUUUUUGUCCUCGUCACUUGAUAAACUCGAGAGAUUAGUUUUACAGUGACAAAAUAUUUAUAUUUGAUAAGUCUUUCAAAUGAUGUGUUGAAACUUGUACAAUGACUAUUCAACCCUUAACUGCACUGGUAGAUGGGAAAGAGGAGUGCAGUUUAUUUUAUUGGAUUGCGUAAUGUUUUACACAGCUCUUGAAGUUGUAGGCCUAUACUAAUUUAGUAUAUUUUCUUAUUUGGUUAUGAUUGGGUUGAGGAAUGGAGAAUCUGUCUGAUCCACAAUAAAACCUUAAAUGAAUUAUUGAGAGCUGAUUGUUAAAUCAAUUGCGAGUCAAAACUGGAUACCUUAACAUUUUUGGAGAAAUGCACUUUUAUCUGAAAUAAAGCUAUAAAAUGUCAACAA